GGCUCGCAAGAUGGCGUCCAUCAUGGAAGGGCCGCUGAGUAAAUGGACUAACGUAAUGAAGGGCUGGCAGUACCGUUGGUUCGUGCUGGACUACAAUGCAGGGCUGCUCUCCUAUUACACAUCCAAGGACAAAAUGAUGAGAGGCUCUCGCAGAGGAUGUGUUAGACUCAGAGGAGCUGUGAUUGGUAUAGACGAUGAGGACGACAGCACCUUCACAAUCACUGUUGAUCAGAAAACCUUCCAUUUCCAGGCUCGUGAUGCUGAUGAACGAGAGAAGUGGAUCCAUGCCUUAGAAGAAACUAUUCUUCGACAUACUCUUCAGCUUCAAAUCAGUACCACACUUGCUUUUUUCCAGUCUUCUGGUAUCUCUCCAGUUCUUGAAUUUUCAAAAAUAAUUGGUUUGGAUUCAGGAUUUGUUCCUAGUGUCCAAGACUUUGAUAAGAAACUUACAGAGGCUGAUGCUUACCUACAAAUCUUGAUAGAACAGUUAAAGCUUUUUGAUGACAAACUUCAAAACUGCAAAGAUGAUGAACAGAGAAAGAAAAUUGAAACUCUCAAAGAGACAACAAAUAGCAUGGUAGAAUCAAUUAAACACUGCAUUGUGUUGCUGCAGAUCGCUAAAGACCAGUGUAAUGCGGAGAAGCACGCAGAUGGAAUUAUAAGUACUAUUAAUCCUGUAGAUGCAAUAUAUCAACCUAGUCCCUUGGAACCUGUGAUCAACGCAAUGCCUUCCCAGACUGUCUUACCUCCAGAACCUGCUCAGUUGUGUAAGUCAGAGCAGCGUCCAUCUUCUCUACCAGUUGGACCUGUAUUAGCUACUACCUUGGGACAUCAUCAGACUCCAACACCAAAUAGUACAGGCAGUGGGCACUCACCACCUAGUAGCAGUCUAACUUCUCCAAGCCAUGUCAACUUGUCUCCAAACACAGUCCCAGAGUUCUCUUAUUCUAGCAGUGAAGAUGAAUUCUAUGAUGCAGAUGAAUUCCAUCAGAGUGGCUCAUCCCCAAAGCACUUAAUAGAUUCCUCUGGAUCUGCCUCAGUCUUGACACACAGCAGCUCAGGAAAUAGUCUAAAGCGCCCAGAUACCACGGAAUCACUUAAUUCUUCCAUGUCCAAUGGAACAAGUGAUGCUGACCUUUUCGAUUCACAUGAUGAGAGAGAUGAUGAAGGGGAGGCAGGGUCGGUGGAAGAGCACAAGAGUGUUAUCAUGCAUCUGUUGUCACAGGUUAGGCUUGGAAUGGAUCUCACUAAGGUAGUUCUUCCAACAUUUAUUCUUGAAAGAAGAUCUCUUUUAGAAAUGUAUGCAGACUUUUUUGCACAUCCGGACCUGUUUGUGAGUAUUAGUGACCAGAAGGAUGCCAGAGACCGAAUGGUUCAGGUUGUAAAAUGGUACCUCUCAGCAUUUCACGCAGGAAGGAAAGGAUCGGUUGCCAAAAAGCCAUACAACCCCAUUCUGGGCGAGAUCUUUCAGUGUCACUGGACAUUACCAAAUGAUACUGAAGAGAAUGUGGAGCUAGUUUCAGAAGGACCAGUUCCCUGGGUUUCCAAGAAUAGCGUAACAUUCGUGGCUGAGCAGGUUUCCCAUCAUCCACCCAUUUCAGCCUUUUAUGCUGAGUGUUUUAACAAGAAGAUACAAUUCAAUGCUCAUAUCUGGACCAAAUCAAAAUUCCUUGGGAUGUCAAUUGGGGUGCACAACAUAGGACAGGGCUGUGUCUCGUGUCUAGACCAUGAUGAACAUUACAUUCUCACUUUCCCCAAUGGUUAUGGAAGGUCUAUCCUCACAGUGCCCUGGGUGGAACUAGGCGGAGAAUGCAAUAUUAAUUGUUCCAAGACUGGCUAUAGUGCCAAUAUCGUCUUCCACACUAAACCUUUCUAUGGGGGCAAGAAGCACAGAGUUACUGCUGAGAUUUUCUCUCCAAAUGACAAGAAGUCUUUCUGCUCAAUUGAAGGGGAAUGGAAUGGUGUAAUGUAUGCAAAAUACUCAACAGGGGAAAAUGUAGUUUUUAUAGAUACCAAGAAGUUGCCUAUAAUCAAGAAGAAAGUGAGGAAGUUGGAAGAUCAGAAUGAGUACGAAUCCCGCUGCCUUUGGAAGGAUGUCACUUUCAACUUAAAAAUCAGAGACAUUGAUGCAGCAACUGAAGCCAAGCAUAGACUUGAAGAAAGACAAAGAGCAGAAGCCCGAGAAAGGAAGGAAAAGGAAAUUCAGUGGGAGACAAGGUUAUUUCAUGAAGAUGGAGAAUGCUGGGUUUACGAUGAACCAUUACUGAAACGUCUCGGUGCUGCCAAGCAUUAGGUUGGGAAAUGCAAGAUUUGCUCCUGGUGACCCGGGCAGGAGGCACAAUGAAGUAACAGUCUUCCUUUGGGAGAACCUAUUCACUCCCUUCUUAUUGCAGUGGUUCCUAUCUCAGGGAUACUGGACUUUCUGAUGCAGAUGAACAAUUAAAGCGAGAAAAGCUUCCCUUUU